CCAAAGGUGAUGACUCUCCUUCCUGUACACGCCACAAUAUCAUCAUGUUUGACAGAAGAAUGUCGAUCAGAUAUAUCUUUCCCAAAACUCGCUUGUUGGACAAAUUCCAGAGUUCUUUGCAAACAUGAGUUAUUUGUAGCAACUUGAUCUGUGUAUGAACUACUUUGAAGGGCCGAUUCCAACUGGUAGCAUCUUUCAGAAUCAUAGUGCGGUAGCCUUGGAUGGCAAUGAGCUUUGUGCAAGUGCAACCACCACCUUAUUCCAGUUUCCACUUUGCCCCAUAGUGUCAGCUGUUGAGAGGAAGAAUGCACUCCUAUUGGUGAAAGUAAUUCCUCCCAUUGCUAUUGCCUUGCUCUCCUUUAUAUGCUUUGUCUUCACUCUUCUGAAGAGAAGGCAAGCACAAGAAGCUCCAUGCUACAAGGAGACAAUGAACAAGGUUUCAUAUAGUGACAUCAUGAAAGCUACCAACUGGCUCUCUCCAGUUAACAAGAUCAGCUCAAGUCGCACCGGUUCGAUCUACAUUGGAAGGUUUGAGUUUGACACGGACUUGGUUGCCAUCAAGUUAUUCCAUCUCCAGGAGAAUGGUGCGCGUGACAGCUUUGUUACCGAGUGCGAGGUGUUGCGAAACACCCGCCAUCGCAAUCUUGUCAAAGCUGUCACCGUAUGCUCGACAGUAGACCUAGAGAACAAUGAAUUCAAAGCUAUAGUUUUUGACUUCAUGGCCAAUGGAAGCUUGGACAUGUGGGUGCACCCAAAGCUACACAACAAUAGCCCCAAGAGAGUACUAAGCUUGGGCCAGAGGUUAAGAAUUGCGAUGGACGUUGCGCUGGCUCUGGAUUAUAUGCACAACCAGUUAACUCCUCCUCUAAUCCACUGUGAUUUGAAGCCCGGAAAUGUUCUUUUGGACUAUGAUAUGACCGCAAGGGUAGGUGAUUUUGGGUCAGCGAGGUUUCUCUCUUCAACUCCUGGUAGUCCAGAAGAUUUGGUUGGUGUGGAAGGAACAAUUGGAUACGUCGCUCCUGGUGGGUUCAACUUUGUUUUGAGUAUUUCUUGCUGGUCUCUCUCUUGUAUUAACAUGUCGUAAAUGCUUUUACAGAGUAUUGUAUGGGAUACAAAGUCUCAACAGGGUGCGACGUCUACGGUUUCGGGGUCUUGCUUCUGGAAAUGCUCACGGGUAGGCGACCAACGGAUGCGAUGUUCACCGAUGGCCUGAGCCUGCACAAGCUUGUGAGCUCAGCGUUUCCAGGUAGACUUGGAGAGGUUUUAGAUCCCCAUUUGUCCUACGAGCAGCAGCUUGCGUGUGACAGAGUGUUUAUGCGGAGAUAUAUGGUACACUUGGUUGAAGUUGCCCUCCUGUGUUCCAUGGAAUCGCCUAAAGAUCGACCGGGAAUGGGAGAAGUUUGUGCCAGAAUUUUGUCUAUCAAAGAGGCAUUCUUUGAGCUCUGCUGAUUAACCUGCAGAUAUCUAACUUGAAUAAAAAUCUGUGACGUGGAUAUGCUGUAAAUCUUGGUUCAAUAGACCUCU